ACUACUUAGUUUUAGUGUUUUGAAUACCUAUCAUCCUAAUAAUCGCAAAUUAGAUACUUAAACAUUCUGUUUGUUCCGUUUAAAAGCUUUGUUUAGCUCUUUUAUUAUUUAAAAGUAAAUUGCCGGUGGUUUCGUGGUUCAUAUUUUGUGAGAUUUGUUUUUAAGGUUUAGGAAAAUGGGUCGUGAAAAGUCAAAGCAAGAUGUUAUUAUGCUGUCUGUCGUACAAAUUUCUUUGGCGGCACUGUUCAUUAUUUUUUGCAGAUACAAUUCUCAUUAUGAAAUCGGAAAAUAUACAAUGUUUCAAGAUGUCCACGUGAUGAUUUUUGUGGGUUUUGGUUUUUUAAUGACGUUCCUGCGUCGUUACGGUUACAGUGCCGUAGGGUUUAAUUUUUUAUUAGGCUCUAUUAUAGUGGAAUGGUCCUGUGUGUGUUUGGGCUUUUAUAACAUGUCCGAUGACUAUAAAAUAUUAAUUAGCAUAGAGAGCUUGUAUCAAGCCGAUAUAGCUUCAGCUGCGGUUUUAAUAUCUAUGGGAGCCGUUUUGGGACAAACCUCAUACAUGCAGCUAAUUAUAAUGGGAAUUAUUGAAAUUGCUGUGUACAGUGGCAAUGCCUAUUUGGGACUUCAAGUUUAUAAGGCUGUAGACGCAGGCGGUUCAAUUUUUGUUCACACUUUUGGAGCAUAUUUCGGUUUGGCUGUUAGUUUUGUUUUGAACAAAAAGAAAACGGGAUCCGUCCAAGAAAGCAAUUUGGAGGAGUCAACUUAUACGUCAGAUCUAUUUGCUAUGAUAGGCACCAUCUUCUUGUGGCUCUACUGGCCAAGCUUUAACGCCGUAGACUUGUCCGGAGACGAUCAGCACCGAGCUGUCAUCAACACGUAUCUGGCGUUGGCCUCUUCUUGCGUCACGUCUUUUCUAAUGUCGCAAAUUUUAACGGACGACCACAAGUUCGACAUGGUGCACAUACAAAAUUCGACGCUAGCAGGCGGCGUGGCAGUCGGCACGUGUGCCAACUUAAUGAUACAGCCGUACGGGGCCUUGCUCGUGGGCAUUGCCGCAGGGGCACUGUCUGUGUACGGAUACGUCAAAAUUACGCCUAUCAUCGAAGAAUAUACCGGGAUACACGACACGUGCGGCGUUCAUAACCUGCACGGCAUGCCUGGGGUGCUCGCAGGACUUUUUGGCGCCCUGAUGGCGGGCAUAGCUAGCGAAAGCCUCUACAACGAAAGUCUCUACGAGAUUUACCCUGCUCUAUCGAGCCCCACCUCGCAAGCCGACACCGAGUUUACGCAGACAGGACCCGGUUUGGGAAGGACAGCAGGUGAACAGGCCGGUUUUCAGAUUUUGGCUUUGGUUACCACCAUGGCCAUUGCUGUGGUUACAGGAUUAAUAACAGGUAAGAGGAUCAUGGUUUAUUAAAUUUUAUGGUCAGUGAUGACAAUGAUUGUGCUUGACUGAGACUACAAACAUUAACUUUUCCAGGCGAAUUCCCAGGUACCACAACUGGUUAAAUAACUAGUAUUCCAAGUAAAUUAACUAAAAUCUUAAGUAAAAUAACAUUCUUUUAAACAGUUAGUUGUAUUCAACAU